AUGUUGCGAGGCCUCCGCUCCAAAGCCGCAUCCGGUGUUGCAAGCCUGCGGGAUUUAUAUGUCCUGCCGCCAACGCUCUGGAUAGCCUUCGCCAUCUACUUUCCACUGGGUUUCAUCAACGUGUCUAGCAUCAAACUUUACCUUCCGCUGUUGCGCAGCUUGGUGGCCUGCGAUGUGCCCGUCAGUGACGGAGAGUACUCGGGGUCCCUUCAUUGCGGAGACCGGAACCUGGUCAUCUCCGUUGCGCUGCAGCAGGAGGCGUGGCUCGUCGCGCUGAAGCUGCUCUGCCGGAUGCUUUCGGGACCUCUCCUGGGCGCCCUUUGCGACACGCACGGCCGCAAGCCGGUGUUGAUGCUAAGCAUUGGUGGCAUCACAGCGGCAUCCUGGCUCAUGAUGCUGGCGUGCAUGCAGGCAACGAUCCCGCCGGUCAUGAUACUCACCGGGGCCCUGGCGCUCCAAGGGUGCACCACAGCCUUCAGCCUCUGCUUCAAGGCGAUCAUCGCCGACCAGCUGCCACCAAACCAGCGUGCCAAGGGCUUCGUGGUCCUGAAUCAUGUGGAUGUCCUGAGUCGCGGCCUGACGCUGUGCUUCGUGAUCUGGAUCCAGAAGAUACAGUUCAUGCACUUUGAGAUACUCUGUUUGCUUGCGGGCCUGCUUGGCCUGGUGAUCCUUCUGGUCUGCUACGUUCAGCUAGAGGAGACUCUACCAAGUCAGGGCAGGCUUCUGGAUACUUCAGUCUCAGGUCUGCUGAGAAGCAGCUUCAAGGAGCUGACCUCGCCAUUCGCGCUGCUUCGGAAUUCCAAGUUUCUGCAGAUUCGCCUUGCUCAGAUGCUGCUCUUGCAGCUGGGCAAUGGCUGGGAAUCGGUCUUGGAUUCUUUCAUGAUCUCGAACCUUGGAUGGGGGCCUGGAGACUGGGACCUGAUCAACGUGCCGAUCAGCAGCUUCCGAGAGUUCUGGGGCAUGGCCACGAGUGGUCUCAUGGUCCAUUGGGCCAAAGACCCGGCCAAUAGCUUCUGGUUUGUGCAAGCAAGCCUUAGCUUUGGCUCCGCCAUGUUGCUGAUCCAGACUUUUGCACCUUUCGGUGCUGCAUUUCUUCUGGUCCCGAGGUGCCUUCUGGCCUUUUUCCCUGGAGAUGGUGGAGCUGAUGCGGCCUUUUUUAGCUCGCAGUUCCCGGCGCAGGCCCAGGCAUCGGCAAACGGUUUGCUCACCGCUGUGGACAACAUCGUUUCUGGCAUCGCGCGUUGGCUUUUUGCGCGCUUCCUCUUCGACCCUUCCGCGAAAGGAUGGGCAGCCACGCUGCCGCUUUUCGUGAGGACUGCGUGCACACUGCUCUCCAACGCACUCAGCUUCUAUGCCUGGUGGAGCUAUGGUCGGCCCGAGCCGAGGAAGCAGGAGUAG